CAUCACAAUAAAAUUUUUUUAUGGAUUUAAUUUGUUUUGAUUUAAGUUCCCAGCUGGAUUUUUUUCAGUGGAAAAACAUUUUUGGUUUUUGCUGUAGUUCCUUUUCUCAUUUAACUUCCGGUACAGAUUUUCUGCAAGAACACAUCGGCCCUCUGGCGCCCUCUUCAGGUCACCUGGGGGACUGCACACUGGUCAAUCUGUGUGGCAUUUCCACUUGUCAUCACAAGUGGAGCGUGAUUUAAUACACCAGCAUUGACCUACAAUCAAAGCAGUGCAGGCUCGUGUGCAUUGAAAACAGGCCUGCUGGUCUCCAGUGGGUGAUGAUGACGGAGACCCGAGGAGUGAGAUCCAGUGUCCUGUAAGCAGAGGGCCAUGCAUGUUGCACUGCGGCCACGCAGCGGCUGCCUGGUGCUCUGCCUGUGCCUGUCCGUGUUCACCCUGCUGCUCCAGAGCCUCUGGGUGCCCCUCGAGAUGAGCAGGGGUGGAGCUGCUGGGAGGUCCCCGGAGGAACAAGAAGAGAAUAUAAACCAGCGGUGCAUCUCAGCCACAGACCCACAGUCGCUCUGUGAGGCCCAGCAGACGACAAAGAGCCAGCAGUCGUUGUGUUGGAAGAUAAACCACACGGGGAGGAAGUCGGUUCUUCGGCCACAGCGCUGCCCUGACACACUCAAAAAAACGAUUCAAGCCCUUCUUCGAGGUCGGCGGGGUCUCGGCUCGCGCAGGCUGGCGCUCCGCUUGGAGGCCUUGAGUGCUCAGGUGCAGAGGCUGAGCCGAGAGAGAGGUCAGGACCCCCAGCUGAGCAGAGAGGACCUCAGUGUGUUGCUGCACAGCUUCAGGCAGGACCAGCAAGGCUUCGCCCGCCUGGUGCAGCGGGAGCUGAGCAGAGUGUCUCAGGUGCUGGACCGGCUGGGCCGCCACCAGCAGCAUCUCCACCAGGCUCACACUCCGUCACAUGACCUCCGACUCCACGCAGGGCGGGAGGAGGAGUGUGAGGUGCCGAUGGAUCACGCGUAUCCGGUGUGUGCGGAGAAAGUGGAGUUCCUGCGGGCGCGCUGGCAGUCGGACCCCUGCUACGCCUUUUAUGGGGUGGACGGCACCACCUGCUCCCUAUUGACGUACCUGAGCCAAAUAGAGGACUUCUGUCCCGCUGGUCUGGGAGCAAAGCGCUCCGCACCGCCAUGGCACCAGGAACCUCACGCGGACACAGAGAAGGCGGAGAUACGUACGACCUUGAGCCCGCUGUACGAGGUCAUCGGCAGCGGCGGCGGCCCGGCCGUGAACUUCAUCCGGUCCAGAGUGGAGAGGAUGUCGGAGCGGUGGACACGGGCGGCUCGGAGGAUGAGGCAAAGCAGCAACAACACCGCCUCCAGGCAGAUGAGGGUGCUGCUUUAUCCCGGGGCCCUGGCUGGAAAGGGUGGCCCUCGCUUUGAGGCCCUGGUGGACCGAGGGGGUCCUCUGGGGGAGCUGGUCCAGUGGGCCGACCUCAGCGCCUGUCUGACGAUCCUGGGCCACAACUUGACCUUCAGCACCUCACAGCAACUACUCCACAGCCUGAUCGGUGCUGCGCCGGGCCGAGGCAGUUGUCCAAUCCGGAGGCCCCUGACCUUUGACCUCAUCUACACUGACUACCACGGCCUUGCUCACCUUCACGGCGCCAUGGGACUGGCUUUCCUGCAUUACCAGUACAACCACCAUGUUAUACAAAUCAUUAUGUGUCUAGUAUAUCGGUGUCGCUUCAGAAUCCUGGACUCCUUUGGCACCGAACCGGCCUUUAACUUGGGGAGUUAUGCUCGUCGUCAUGGAUACAAAACACAGUGGGGAAGCUGGGAGCUGCAGCCUCGGCAAUACAUGACCCUGUUCCCUCAUACCCCUGAUAACUCCUUCCUGGGCUUUGUGAGUGAGGAAGCAGCGAGGGAGGAGAUGAGGGAGGAAGAGCUGGAGCCGGCCGGCUACAGGAAAGACAGGAUCGCGGUCAUCUACGGAAAACAGGACUACAUGUGGCAGGGUAAAUCUGAGUAUGUGGCGGUGAUCAGUGAAGAGAUGGAGACCCACGCUACAGUCUACCAGCCUCCAGGACUCGCCUCUCACCUGCCCAGCUCCAUCAGAAACCACGGCCUGCUGACUCAGGAGCGCUUCCUACGACUUCUACGCAGAGCCAAGGUGUUUGUAGGUCUCGGCUUCCCCUAUGAGGGACCGGCGCCCAUCGAGGCCAUCGCCCUGGGCUGUGUCUUCCUGCAGCCGCGGUUUCACCCGCCACACUCCUCAGACAACAACGAGUUCUACAGAGGGAAGCCCACCACGAGACAGAUCUCCUCGCAGCAUCCUUAUGUGGAGCAAUUCAUCGGAAAGCCUCACGUGUGGACGGUGGACGUGACCAACAAGACGGAUGUUCGGGAGGCCGCCAGAGCCAUUCUACGCACAGAGGUGAAGCCUUUCACGCCCCGAGAGUUCACCUGUGAGGGAAUGCUGGAGAGGCUUGGCGGCUAUAUCGCUCACCAGAACUUUUGCACUGAAUCUGCCCUCACUUGGCCCCCGGAGUGUGCUCUCAGGGCGCACCUGGGGCCCCAGGGUCAGUCGUGCGUAAGUGUGUGUGCACGGUCCUCCCUCGUGUGUGAGCCGGCUCUGUUUCACCACCUGAACAGUCCCGCUGCCUUCGCCAGACUCAGUCUCGGCUGCUCCAGCGUGGGACAGGAAGUCAACCACCUGCUUCCUGCCUACAGCCCGUGGGGCCGACGCUGCGGCCUCCAGCUGGAGCCUCUGCUGUUCAGCUGUGCCGGCUCCGACCCAGCGCAGCGCAGACUGUGCCCCUGCAGAGCCCAGCGACCCGACUGCCUCUAGACCGCUCAGGGAAUAGCGGGAGAGGAAGAGGAACCAGCUAAUAUGACGAAGCACCAAAGAGCCAUUUGCAAUGCAAACCGUGGUGAAGAAGAGUUCUGGAAGCAAAGGGAGGCAGCUAUCCCGCCAUGCUACUCAAAGCUUUGUGGAUCUCAAGCCGAGGUCGAAAGAUAGUCGAUAGAUCUGGAUUUUAUUCUCAUGUGUACGUUGAGAACAUUUAAAUUCAACCACCGGUAAUCUGAAUCCUCUCAGUCGGCAUUACUGGCGUUCUUUAUGUCGGCAGGUGGGUAAAGUUUAAUGAUGUGAAUAUUAAAACAUGCCAGGGUGCGUCCACCUUCUAGAUGUGUCCAUCUUUGUUAUGGACAAUAAUCAACAGUCAUUACUCAGGAACCAAAAAAAUAAUGAUUGUCAUUUCAAAAGUGUUUCAGGAUGAAUUCAAAGUGUCUCGUGGUGCACAAUAACGAAAACUCUUGUUUUUGUGGCUUUUCCUUGAUCCCUUAACCGUCUUGAAGUAGGAAGACAAGUCACACUUGUAAGGUGUAUUUAAAUGUACAUAAAUGUGAAGCGCUUUAAGUCUCUUAUCCGGAUUCAAUGUGA